AUGAAUACCACCGCUUGUGGAAGUGCCGUGCAGGACGUUUUUGGACCAAUCGUUGCUGCCUCUUGCCAGAAUGGCUUUGAUUUUACCUUGCUCUUUGAGGAAGCUGUGCUGACGGUUGUCCCUCUAGUGGUGUUUGCAAUAUGGGCAAUUGUCCGUAUAGUACAGCUUCAGAAUCAGGCGUGCAAAGUAAAAUCGCCGUGGCUUUUGCCUAGCAAAUUCACGCUCUACAUAGCGUAUACGGCAUUACAAAUUGUCCUGGUCUCACUAUGGACAGCGUCUGACUACCCAAAAACUAGACUCACUAUAGCUUGCAAUGUGCUGACAGCAGCAGCAUACAUCUUGUUUGCUGCUGUGUCCUGGUUCGAGCAUUUCCGUGCUAUUAGCCCCUCGACGAUGCUCAAUCUUUACCUUGGCACAACUCUUCUGCUUGACCUUGCACGCUUGAGAUCGAUGUUCAAUAUUAUUGGGCAUGACAGGCUAACAUGGAUCUUCCUCUCAAUGUACUUCGUCAAAGUGGUUCAAUUCGUACUGGAAGCCUGGGAGAAGAGGCGCUAUCUUCUACAAACGUUCAUCAACUCGUCUCCUGAAGAAAUCGGCGGCAUCUUUAAUCGAAUGAACUUCUUUUGGCUGAACUCAACAUUUAUCUUUGGAUUCAAAAAUGUCAUGUCCGUCAGGGACUUGCCUUGUUUGGAUCGUGAGAUUAUAGCCGCAUCAGAGGCAUUAGAACUACGCAAGCGCUGGGCAAGCGCUGACAAGACCAAGAAGAAUGCUCUGUUUUGGGUGUUCUUUUGCCACUACAAGAUUGCCAUCUUCAAAGGCGUUCUUCCACGCCUCGUCUAUGCGGCACUGAGUCUCUCUCAGCCGUACUUGGUCCAGUGUGUGCUUGACUUUGCUGGUGACGACGGCACCGACAAUUCACGAGAGACUGCCUACACCCUAAUCGGAGCCUACGCAAUUGUUUAUGUCGGCCUGGCUCUCUCAUACACAUACUAUCAGCACAAAACCUACAGACUCACUACUCUAUAUCGUGGCAGCCUAAUCACCCUGAUUUUUGACAAAACUAUGAGAGUUCAACCAUCAUCAUUUGAUAGCGCCGAAGCUGUGACGUUAAUGAGCGCAGAUAUUGACCGAAUCGCCAUGAGCAUCUCGCUAGUCCACGAGAUAUACGCCAGCAUUAUAGAGACAGGAGUAGGUAUCUGGCUUCUCUACACGUUCAUUGGCUAUGCCAUGGCUGUACCUCUCGUCUGGAUUGUCGCCUGCCUCGCCCUCGGUUUGCCCGUAGCCAAGGCUGCUGCGGAUGCUCAGGUCCCGUGGCUAGAGGCUAUCGAGGAUCGUCUCUCUUCAACCGCAAAAGCACUAGGUGCCAUCCGCGGUAUCAAAAUGACGGGCCUCAGUGAAUCUGUCUCAGAUAAAAUACUGGAUUUACGACAGAUUGAGAUUCGGGCAUCACUGCGUCACCGCCUUCUAAACAUUUGCCUUAUGGGCAUCACAUUCACAGCGUCUUACGUGGCACCCGUCCUGGCUUUGUUAACAUACGUGCUCCUCAGAAACAUCCAAGGGACUCCUCCCCUAACCGAAGGCAUUGCGUUUGGAACCAUGAGUCUGUUUGAACUCCUUGAUCAGCCCAUCAUGUACAUCCUCGAUGGCAUGGAGGACAUACAGACAAUAUUCAAUUCAUUCGCCAGAAUCCAAAAAUAUCUGCUUUCCAGCGAGACAGAAAGUUACAGAAUCAUGGCUUCUAGCGAGGCUUCGGACUCUUCUUUGCCGAGCAGCACUGCAGGGGAUAUCAAUGAAAAGAGCCCAACUAGCACCAUCGUCGCGUCACCAUCUUCCAUGAAUUCAUCAUCAACCCCGUUAGUGCAUCUGAAGGACGCUUCAGCUGCUUACACGGCAGACGCCGAACCCUGCUUAUCCCACCUAUCCCUUGACAUGCCCGCAGACAAGAUUGUCAUGAUUUACGGCCCAGUCGGAUCAGGCAAAUCUACUCUUCUGAAAUUGCUCCUUGGAGAGAUGCCUAUUACGAGUGGUACCAUCCAAACAAGCUUCCAACAAGUAGCAUACUGUCCUCAGGCACCCUGGUGUAUCUGGGGAAGCAUCAAGGAGAACAUUGUGGGCAUGUCUGCUUGGGAUGAAAAAUGGUACAGCACCGUCAUUUCCGCUUGUGCACUUCGCCCGGAUCUGGAACAGCUUCCUCAAGGCGACCAGACAAUUGUUGGCACGCGGGGAAUGCGCCUAAGCGGUGGACAGCAAACUAGAAUGUCCCUGUGCCGUGCUCUCUACUCUCGCCAGAGAGUGAUGCUGCUCGAUGAUGCGCUGAGCGGCCUGGACGGCAAGACAGAGUUAGCUAUGCUCGACGCCAUCUUUGGUCAGUCCGGUUGCAUCAGAAAUCUUCAAUCGUCUGUUGUUAUGGCCACCAGUUCAGUAUCCCAUCUGCAAUAUGCAGACCACAUCAUCGUUUUGGAUGCGUUAGGUGCAGUCGUGUCUCAGGGUACCUUGAGCGAUGUUGAUGUCGGUCUUGGGGGCAAAGAGCUGAAACAGCCAUCAUCCAGCAUUGCACAGUGCGACUCUGUUGAAAUAUCGCAAGAAACGCUACAAGAAUUGGACUUGGUGGAUGAUCCAUCGCGCAAUACGGCGCUGAAGUCGGGAGACCUUAAAACGUAUGCCUACUUUACCAAGGUUGCAGGCUACUACACCAUAGCUCUGUACUUGUUUGCAUGCGCCGUCUUUGUGUUUGGGAUUACAUUUCCAUCCAUCUGGGUUCAAUGGUGGACAAACUCCAACAUUGACCAUCCCAAUGAGAGACUCGGCUAUUGGCUCGGGGUCUUUGGCGCGCUUGGUGUCCUCGCAGUAGUUUCCUGUGUAAUUGCCGACAGCCUUUUCAAUCUCAUUGCCCUACCGAGGACGUCCGCAAAAUUCCACAAAGUGCUACUUGACACGACAAUGCGAGCACCCACAAAGUUUCUUACUUCUACUGAUGCCGGCCAAACCAUCAACCGAUUCAGUCAAGACUUGGAACUUAUUGAUAAUGACCUCCCCAAUGCCAUCAAUAUGACCAUUUUCCAUCUCAUGUCCAGCAUUGUUUCGGCCGUCCUCGUUUUCAUAGGCUCGGGCUACGUGGCUGCUGCGAUCCCUCUAUGCAUUGUUGCCCUUCUUAUCCUUCAAUUCUACUAUCUCCGCACAUCUAGGCAGCUCCGUCUUCUAGAUAUUGAAGCCAAAGCGCCUCUAUUUUCCCUCUUCUUCGAAAGCUUGCAGGGUGUCAUGUCCAUUCGAGCGUUUGGCUGGACAGACGCUUACAUGGCGAAGCACGUUGAAGUUUUGAACAUUUCCCAGCGUCCAUAUUACAUCAUGUUCUGCAUCCAGCGAUGGUUGAGCUUAGUACUUGAUAUGUUCAAUGCGGCCGUCGCGGUGCUUUUGGUAGGGAUCACGCUGAAUCUGCCCGGAGGAUCGACUGGGUAUCUCGGCGUUGCUCUGUUCAAUAUUGUCACAUUUUCUUCAACACUGCAGUCACUGGUGACAGAAUGGACACAGGUUGAGACAGCCCUGGGUGCCAUCAAAAGAAUCCAAACAUACACAACCAAUGUUCCUGAUGAGAAUCUCCCAGGGGAGACUGGUUCAGUUUCCCCAGUAUGGCCCGAGGCGGGUUGUAUCUCCAUCAGGUCAUUGUCUGCUUCUUACGGAGCUUCAGAUGAACCAGUCUUGAACAACAUAGACUUGGAGAUUAAACACGGCGAAAAGGUUGCCAUUUGCGGUCGAACGGGGAGUGGCAAGUCUUCUCUUGUUUCUACACUCUUGCGUCUGCUGGAGAUGGAUUCAGGCAGCAUCACGAUUGAUGGUGUCGACAUUAGCACAAUUCCUCGGCACGUUGUCAGAGAGCGCAUCAAUACGUUGCCACAGGAGCCUUUCUUUUUGCACGGCAGCAUCCGCGAGAACCUGGACCCUCACAACUCGUUAGAAGAUGAGGUCCUCAUCGCCGCGUUGAGCGACGUUGGACUUUGGUCGCGCUUUUCAGCGGAUGGACUUGAUGCAGACAUGGACGAGGAAAUGCUCUCUCAUGGGCAACGCAAACUCUUCUGCUUGGCCAAAACGAUAGUAAAGCCGAGCAGCAUACUCAUCAUGGACGAGGCUACAAGCAGCGUGGACGCGCAGACCGAUCAGCAAAUGCAAGAAGUAAUACGUAAGAGGUUUGUUGAUUGUACGAUUCUUGCAGUGGCGCACAAGUUGUCCACGGUUGAAAAUUUCGAUACAGUAAUCAUGCUGGAUAAGGGAAGUAUUGUUGAGAGAGGAAAUCCAGCCUCGUUGCUGGUAGACCGCUCGUCCGCAUUCUACGGUGCAUAUCACGACGGUGCCAAUUUGUAUUGA